AUGCUGCCGCCGACCGCCACCCUGUCGACCACGGGCAGUGGCCUGUUCACCAGCUCUGCCGCCCAGCUCGCGCACUCCUCUCUUGGGGAGGGACCCUCCGCUGCUGCUCAGAACCACCUGCUCCGCGCCCUGGUUCCCCCUGCGCCAGGGGCGCUUCUAACCAGCAUGGGGUGGAGCAGCAGCGCCCACUCCCCUCUCUCUCCCACCCCUGCUCCCGUUCCCACUGCUGCUACGGACCCUGCUGCGGCUCCUAUGCCAGGGCCUAUCCUGCGCCCCAGGCACGGGUGGAGCAGUAGCCUCUAUUCCACGGGCACGCAAGCGCGAGCGUCCCUAGGGAUCUCCGCCAGCUCUGCUGCUGCUGCUGCUGCCCCUGGAGAGGCAUACGCAGCUGGAUCAGCUGAGCCGAGAUGGGGGGCUGGGAGCCUGAUUGUUCCAGUUGGGCCAUCUUGGGCAGCGGCUGAGGCGGCCGGGGUGGCUGAUGCGGCUGGGGCGGCUGAGGCGGCUGAUGCGGCUGGGGUUGCUGGGGUUGUCCGGGCUGCUGCGGCUGCUGAAGCCUUGGGCGAAGAUGACGCGUCAUCCGGGGAACUGGCGCCUGAAUGGGGGAUGAGUAGGACGAAGGGGGGGAGCCGUGUCAUGAGUGGAAGGAGCUGGAGGGGUGCGUGGGGUGGAAGGAGUGGGUGGAGUGGGAAAGUUGGGGCCAAGUCAGCACGGCGUGAGCUCCCUGACCUGAACGACCCUGCUGAGGAGACGGAUGCAGAUAGAGGGGUUGCGGAGGGAGGGGUUGGGGAGAGAGGGGUUGGAGAAAGAGGGGCUGGGGACAGAGGGCCUAGGAGAAGCUGGGUUGUGGAAAGAGGGGUUGGGGAGGGGGGGCUGGACCUGAAUGCGCCUGCUUUCGUUGGAGAGAGAGCAAGGAGUCAGCUUGACGUUGGCCCCCCCGGCACACAUGCCCUCAACGUUUGUGACAAGACAAACCUCCGCAGCGGGAGAACCCUCCUCGCAGCGGGAAAACGAAGACGCUAUCUCGCCGCGUUCCUUGCCGACAUGGGUGCUGCUCACAAGAUCGCGGCUCACGGGGUGGCUGUCGCCAAGAAGGGCGGCCCGAGCGUCAUUUUCGAGAUCGCCGCUGGCCUUAGCCUCGGUGCCGUAGGCGGGGCGAUGUGGAAGAUGGCCAGUAACGCGUACGAGACCGGUUUUGAGGCCCACAUGGAACGGAUCGACGCAUGUCUAGCUAGCAGACGCACAUUGAGCUUGCAGGAUAAUUUCUUCUGA